AUGGCGGCAACCAAAAGAUACUUCCCGCUUUUCCUCGAGUUAUUUUUCCUUCUUUCCGUUUGCUGUCUCCCUGAACCUGGUAAAAAGCAAUUAAAAUUUAGUAAGGUAAGCGACAGUUGACUUUCUUGGCUACAUUCUGUAUUUUGUUUUUGAUCGUGAGAGGCUGUUUAUCGCAGUCUGUAUUCAGAAGCUGAUAUUCACAAAUUGAUUUAUUGACGUCUCUUGUUUUCCUUAUUUCCAGGAACAUCAUCAUGGUGGUUUUCCUAAAACGAUGAAUAAGGGUUAUACUGUCGCAAUGAAAGGUUUGUUCGCAAGCUGAGGCUAAUUUCAUUUAAACGAUCGAUUGAUAUUGUCGUGGAACUUAACAUGAUACAGUACGCUGUUCGUAGAUACUUUUGCAAAAUCAGCUUUUUUUAAUGCGAUGUCAAGAAAUGUUGAUCAGAUGUUGACAGAGAUCUUUGUAAUUAUAUUUCUAUUACUAUCAUUGGCAUUUUUCCAUCAGAUUCUCUACUGUUAUAAUUUCUCUGGGAUACAUGUAAUUGUUAUUUAAAAUUCAAAAAAAUUUCAUCGUUCGUAGAAUCUUGCCCAAGUCUCUCGCAGAUACGGUCCGCCCUACAGGCUCCAGAUUAGCGCAUUUGUAUGGUUUACUAAAAACACACAAGGAGGGCUUGGCGAUGUGCCCUAUGCUGUCAGCAAAACAAACAUACAACUACGCUUUAGCCAAAUGGCUGGACUCUAAACUCAAGUCUCUGUUCUUGAAUCAUUAUAUGGUAAUUGACAUGUUGAAUACGUGAACGAGAUUCACAACUUGGAAAUCGCAAACAGUGGCAUUUUGGUUUUGUAUAACAUGUCUUCCCUGUUUACUAACAUACCCCUAGAUGAAGCAAUAAAGGUUCUUGUGAACAAAGCUUUCACAGCUUUUAGCGCAUUUGUAUGGUUUACCAAAAACACACGAGGAGGGCUUGGCAAUGUGUCCUAUACUAUCAGCAAAGCAAACGUACAGCUAUGCUUAAGCUAAAUGGCUGGACACUAAACUCAAGCCUCUGAGGACCUCUUAUCACAGCAUUUUGAUCACCCCUGAUGAAGGCACUAAACAGGAGUGUCGAAACGUUGGGUCUAUGAAUUGUAACUUCUUUGGUUACAUUCAUUAAAUCUGUAAACCAGAGUAACAUCAAAUCAUGUCUGAUUGUCCACCUGGUUGCCAUGUGGACUUAAAUAUAUUUUAUUUGAGAGCUUUCACAAACUGGCUUAAUACAACCAUACGACUUGAACCUCACCAAAACUGAUCUUGUUGAUCUUCUCAGUGUAGCUAACAAAAAACAAUUAUUCCAGUUCAUUGGUGCUCUGUGCAAGCAGACAAAUGGCGUGGCCAUGGGAUCCCCUCUUGGUCCCUUUCUAGCUAAUGUGUUCCUGUCCCACAUGGAAGAAAACCUUGAGGGAGAGGGCAAACUCCCUUCUUUCUAUCAAAGAUAUGUAUGCAAUACAUCCACCAUCAUGCUAAAUAUAGCAACAGCAUCUAACUUCCUGGACAUGCCUUAACAUGGCACAUUCCUCUGUAAAAUUCAAUCAAAUUCAAUGGCAUGCUCCCAUUUCUGGGUAUCCAGUUAUUGAACCAAGAGUCAUGUUGAUACUUGGUUCAAAAAGGGUCCACUAAGAACUACACCUGACAGAGCACAUAUUUUAUCUUUAUCUUGGUCACAUUUUUCCGAUGAAUGUGACCAUUCAAAGACAGUAUUCUCAUGUUUGAAGUUCCACCAAAUGCCUCAUUUACUCUACCAUCAAAAGUUUCAUUGACUCAAAGCAUUGUGAUCAUCAGCAACUUUUGUCAACCUCUAAAGAGCCAGAUGACACAGUUCAUGUAAUUUUGCCAUUUAGAGACCAAAUCUCAGCAGAUAUCAUGAGAAAACAACUAAAGGAUCUGAGCUUAAAAGUACACACCACCAUCCAGCCUGUGUUUGUGAGUGGAAAAAUUGAACAAGAACUAAAUUUCAAAGAAACAAAGCCACCAAUUGUAAAUCAGCAGUAUGUUGUUUAUAUUUUUCAGUGUGACCUGUGCAAUGCAGGUUAUGUAGGUUACACAUGUAGACAUUUAUAUAAUCGUGCAAAAGGACAUAAACAACAAUCCUAUGCUAUUGCCAAACACUACAAGAACGUGCACGGAAAGAUGCCUUAGGACGUGCUAAAGCAUUUCGAAGUGCUCAAGAAAUGCAGAAACAAAUUUGACUGUUUAGUGAAUGAAAUGUUUUUUUACAAGAGCUUUAAAGCCAACUCUCGAUGUGUAAUCAGACUCCAUUCAGGCAAAAGUAUUUUCAUAAUCUUGGCAUCCUUUGAUGUUAACCCUUCUAUGUUGGUUUUUUGUGCCAAAAUUGCUUUUAAUGCUGUAAAAAAUUGUAUGCAAAAUAAAUAAAUGAAAAGUGCAACAAUUACAAAGAUUAUUCUAGAUGCAAUUCAAAUUUUUCUUCUGUAGCAGCCAUAAUUUCCCAGUGAAUAAUUUGAGAUAUCUUGUUGUUUCAUACAGAUACUGUAACAUCCCUAGCUUAAAAACUUAUCAAUUUAAAUUUCUGUUUUGUUUCAUGAAGGGCAAUGCAAAGGAGGUUAUAAAGGAAAAAUCUUUAUUAAAUGGCGUUUGGCGGUUUCACCAUGUGCUGAGAUGUUCUCACCUUUGGAGGUACAUGUUUCUUGAAUGUUCCCUGUUUUGUCACAUCUUUUAAAUUUCCUGAAAUUCUACCAAUUUUUUGGAUAGUAAUCAGCUUUCAAAGUUUUUAAAGACUUUUAUGAGCUUUUCUUGUGUUCUGUUAGACCAUGACAAGUCCAUGACUUUGAUAAAAUUAUUAGAAAUGUUAUGUUUUAUUGUGAUGACGUCCUUUCUCUAUUUUGUCAAUAAGUAGGAUUCAAGCCCCAGAAUCUUGUAAUUUUGUGUAUGCGUGUGGGUGUUAACCCUUUACCUCCCAUGAGUGACCAAGACAGAAUUUCUCUUAAGAAUUUUAAUACAAUGUCAAGCAGAUUAUUGAGGACAAUUAAGAAAAUUAUCAAUUAGAGUAUUAUUAGUGGAUCCAAAACCAAAUUCUCUAAACUAACAUCGUAAUACAUUGUAAUACAUUGUAUGGCAGACAGUAAAGAGAAUUACUGAAAGGGUUUAAAAACUUUUCAUUUCUAUUCAGAAUGGUGGUGAUGAUUCAGGAGAGGACCGUGUUGGUAUAAUUUUUGAUAGUGGUUAUGCCAAUCACUCACUGAAUGGAAACUACACUGUGGAUUGUGAAGCUGUAAUACAUUUUGCGGUUUGUAUCCAUUUGCCUUGAACUUUUGGUUUUAUAUCUACUCUAUUUCCUCAAAUAAGCAACCAGUUAUAUCUUAUAAGUUAUAUUGUCAAACAAGUGCCCCUCACAGAUGAAUUAUGGUCCAGUCGCCGACAGUUCAACUCACCAAUGUCAACUCGCUGAUGUAUAAAAUCAAGUAGAGAUGUAGGCGAGUUGGUCUUCAAUCUAGUACAACUUAUCAGAAGUUAAAUAUGAAGAAAAGUAAAAGACCUUUAGUAAAAAACCAUUUUUUUUCUUCCAAAGUUUAUAAGUUUUAAAGGAUCUCAAGGCAAAUAAAGCAAGGUGCUAAUUACCAAAAAAGCUUUAGAUGUGAUUGAGUUAUAACUCAUUCACAUCUGAAGCUAUCACAGUCAUUGGCGAUGUUUACCUUACUUUAUUUGCCAUGAAAUCCUUAUAAACUUUGUUGGAAGAAAAAGUUGUAAUGGAUUGAAGACCAAUUCUCCAACAUCUCUACUCGAUUUUAUAUGUCGGUGAGUUGGCGUUGGCGAGUUGAACCAUCGGUGACUUGACUGGAUACCUCACAGAUAAGCACCCUCACUUCCAAGUUACUUUCUCAAAUAGCAAGGUAAACCUGCUUCUAUUGCCACUUUAUUUGUAACUUUUUAAGCAUUAACUACAGCAAAAUUAGCACAGAAGGAUGAUACACACCCUCUUGCAGCACUGGCACUUUUAGCCUAAAUCUUAUAUGUGCUUGUUUGAGGAAUACUGUAUUUGCUUAUUUAAUUUGUUUAAAUAUUGUUCUCAUUAGCUUUCAUCAAGCUUCUGAUGUUAUUAAAAGCUUUGGAAAUUUUUUAGCUGUCUUCUUGAAAACAAUAGUGAUAAAUCACCAAUAUUUGUCUGGUCUAAAAAAUAGAGAUAUGCUGCCACCAGAUAUGCUAGACAAGUUGAGCUGAAUGUAAAAUUCUGGAUAAAAAUGUACAUGGAACUUCAUUUUGUAUAGUUUUCUUGCCAUCACUAUCCCAGUAGAUUAAAUUCCUGUUAUUUAUUGGAGGAGAGUUGGACUAAGCCUUAGAAAAAGUUAUAAUGCAUUUAUUGGACAAAGCUUUUCAACUGUGGGUGUUAAGGACCUCUGAGGCUGAUGUAAACUGUGUAGCACUAAACUAAAGCUAAGACCAGGUGGUACUUUUUGUGGCAUCUGUUUUUUUGUGGCAUACAACUUUUAUUGCUGUUUUUUUUUUGUUGUUGUUUUUUUUUUAAUAUAUACCUGUAGGACCAAACCGAUACGGUAGUAGAGUUGAUUCAACCCAGCCCUUCAGUUACAGAAAGUCAAGUAAGUAAUUCCUAGAGUAACUUGAGGCAGUUGUGUAGAUUAAAUGUGUGUAUGCUAGAUCCAUAGGGAUGUCUCCUUCCUGGAAGACACUAAAACAAAACUGAACUAGGAAGUCCUAUUUCUUUGUAAGUUUACUUACUGGUGUAGCCUGAAAGACCAAAUGAAAACCCUUCAAAUUUUUUAAAAUAAACUUGGUUUGAAAUCUGUUGAGACUAAUAGAAAGUUAAAAAGGUUUUGAUGUGAAUAUCAUUUCUUUCAGAAUUAUUAUUGUUAUUGUUAUUAUAGCUUAGUGAAUGUUUAAAUGACUUUGUAAGGAAAAGGUAUAAGGUACAUGUGCAUGUAGUUAUGGUGUUAAACUACUGUAGUUGUAGUAACUAGAAUCAUUGAACUUCAACUGUAAUGAUUAGUUAACCCUUUCACUCUCAAGAUUGGAUUGUUAAUUCUCUCUUCUAGCUGCUACACAUUGCCUUGUAAAUUUGUUACCAGAAUUUGGUGUUGGAUCAAUAUAAUAUCUUGUACCUGAUAAAUUGGAGUAUUCUCACCACCAGUUUGCUGGAUAAUAUAUAUGGAUACUUAAGGGAGAAGUUACAUGUUAAUCACCUCUGGAAAUGAUUGACAUGUAACUCUCUAUAAUAUCAAUACAUUAUCUAGCAAUAAGGUGAUGAGACUACUCCAACUUAUUGAGUAGUUAACUUGAUCUAACAUCAAAUUCUCUAAACUAAUUUACAUGGAAAUGUGUAUCAGCUGGAGGGGAGAAUUUUCAACCCAAUCUUGGAAGUGAAAGUGUUAAUGGUGAUAUUCAUGUUGUGUGCCAUUAUUUUUCCUUCAUUUGUGAACAGGAAAGGGAUCAGGGAACAGAGGAGAAUCAAGAUGAGAAAAAUAAAACUGAUGAUGUACGUCAUACUGUUAGACAUUAAUUUGUUCACUUACAUUGUACACUGUCAAUAGCUUAGUCAAUAACUUGUAUUUAAUAGUAAUCUUAUGUGUCCUGAUUAUUUGAUAUCAUGCAAUCUCAUAUCAAAUUGUCAGAAUGCUUUUGUAUAAAAAUGAGCCUAAUGCAAAGGAGGUCCCAGAUAAGAAAGUGAAGAUUUAAAUGCUAAAAUGAUUGGAGAAUUCACAUCACUUAUUUGAUGAAAAAAAUGAAACGGAGAACUUGUUUUACAAUCAAAGUCUCUUUGGUUAGUGAUCAGUUCCUCUAUUAUCCUGAUCUUAAUAAAUGAUUCAGCAGUAUUGCUGUAAGGAAAAAUGAGAUACAGGUGACUUUUAACUCUUUAACUCCCAGAUCAAAUUUGUAAUUCUCUUUACUGUCAAUCAUACAAUUCUUAUAAUGUUAGUUCAGAGAAUUUAGUAUUGGAUCAACUAACUACCCCCAAAUUGCUGCAGCAAAGUAAACUUCAACUGAAAAAGAUUAAUUGAAAGUAGAAUUUUGUAACUUUCUGGUAUUUUUUAUUCAUUUGCUAGCAGAAAGAGAAGGCAGACACAGAGCAAGAAAAGAAAAAGAAACCUGUUCACACCGAUGUAAGUUUCUGAUUUAUAUUCAUUGAAAACUGGUUCAACAAAACAUGAUGUUUGACAGGUGUGAAUGGGAUAUAGGACCAGUUAAUAAACUGAAGUUUUUGUACUAAAAAAGGAGAGUUUACUUCACCAAUUUCUAUUGAUGAAUGAUGUCUGCCUGGAGUAUCUGUUAGUGUGUAUCGCAGCACCAACACAUGCAUCAAUCACAUGUGCAUGUAAUUUGUAGGAAUAACAGUGUGCAUGCACUUCCAUUGGGUGAAGUUAUAUGCAUGCAGCAUUUGAUGAUUUACAUGCAAAGGUGCAUGUGUUUCAUCUUUUGACUUUUUUACAUAUGUGCCCAUGCAUGUACUUUUGUACUCCAAUGCGAUGACUGUGAGAAUUUGUAUUUCAAUCCACUGUAGGACUCUUACAGAAAAGCUAAUAAUGUGUGUGUGAUGGAAAAAAUGCAAAGUCCAUUAUUCAUACAUAAUUCACUUGAACAAUAUUAAUGUCCCUGAGGUUAAUUAAUAUACUUCAGGCAGAUUUCAUACUGAAGGUUUGUGGGGAAGGGGAAGGUAGUGUUUCCCAGUUUCUAGUAGUUGAAGGUGUUCAUUUGCCAGAGUAGUCAUUUGAAGCAUAUUUCAACUUGUGUUUAAAAUGAAAGGCAAUCUGUUUUUCAUUUUUUGCAGGAAAAUGAAGGCAAAAAAGGAAAAGAUUCAAAAGGAGAAGAGAAACCUGACCCUGAUGUGGUAAGCACACCGUACUUGCUGACCUGGUCUCCAACAUGUAUUGUGGUAUUGUUUGUAACUAGUACUUUGAAGUAAUGUUUUCUCUCUUAAAAAGUAACCAGAUGUCAUAUUUUGCUUCCCCUUUAGAGUGAGAUGCUAGGAAAUGGGGAUGGGAAACCUCAGAAGACCUCUGAACGAAGAAAGAGAGAUGCAGAUGUAAGAUUUUUAUGGCUGUGAGACAGUGAUAGCUGUCUGCUUUAAGGCUUUGACCCCAGGAGUGACCAGCAUCUAAUUUCUCUCUACAAUACCACCCUGAGUCACCCAUCAAGAUCAUGAGAAUCGAGGAAAUGAUCAGCAACUAAAGAAGCUCUUGAUUGGUAAACAAAUUCUCCUUAUCAGCACCUUAGGAAAUGUAUACAAGAGAGUAUGAAGAAUAUGCAUACUGAUCUUAGGGUCAAAAGGCUUAAGGUAGAAGGGUGAUUCCUGAAUAUUUUUUCCAACAGUGUCGAUACAUUUUCAAGCAAAAGAGGUGAUAAGAAGGUUGAGAGACACUGUCUGCUUUAACCCUUUACACCCUAACAUCAGUAUGCAUAUUCUCCACACUGAUCUUUAUACAUUUCCAAGGAAACUGACAUAGAGAAUUUGUUUGCCAAUCAAAAGGUCCCUUCCCAGGUGUCUAUUUCCUUUAUUUUCAUAACCUUAAUUUGCAAUUCAGGAGUUAUCUUGUAGGGAGAAAAUAGAUGCUAGUCACUCUUAGGGCUCAAAGGGUUAAGCAGUGUACAAAGUCGCAGAGAGUGAGUGACAUAUCAUGUUUAAUAUGAUUUUGGUCUACUGCUUAGUGGAGAAACAUCUCAUUUGAAGUUAGCUGAAACAUUGGUUUUAAAACCUUGUGUGUUGUAAAUGACAUCCAGAAUGAUUUAAUAUUUAGUCACCAUACUUCUUACUGCAUAGUUGAAGGUUGGAGUUAGAUACAUUACAUAAUGUAAAAAUAUAAAAUGAAGUUCGUCUAAACAAAAUCAAUUGGACUUAUCAUGCACUGCUCAUUUUAGGUAGGUUUUGUGUAUUUGGGAAUGGUUUCUUCGUUUGAUAAUUGGACCAAGGAUCAAUAAAUUGUUCAUGGUUUUGUUUUUGGUUUUUUUUUUUUUUUUUGUUUUCAAAUAUCUUGCUCGCCAAUUGGCAACUUUUGUCAAAAUUUUAGUCACCAGGUGGCAACUUUUUACUUUAAUUUUUGUUGCCAAAUUUAUUUUUCACUUGCCAUGGGGACCAAAGGUUUGCAACUUGGAGCAUUGGUAAUGCAUGAUUCUGGGGUGAUAUUGUAAGAAGAAGCUAGAUGUCAGUCACUCAAAGGCGUCAAAGGGUUAAUAAGAAAAGGCACUGAUAGGCUCCAGGCACAGUGCUCCUGUGUGUGAGAUUAUUACAGCAGUUUUUAAUAGAUUCCCUCUUGUUCCAAAGGACAAACCAGAGGCAGUUAAAACAAGUAAAUCAUCAACUGCAUCAUCUACAACAAAAGAUUCAGAGGUGAGCUCUAUCAUCAAGUACAUGUAAGUACAUGUAUUGUAAGAAGAAGCUAGAUGUCAGUCACUCAAAGGGGUCAAAGGGUUAAUAAGAAAAGGCACUGAUAGGCUCCAGGCACAGUGCUCCUGUGUGUGAGAUUAUUACAGCAGUUUUUAAUAGAUUCCCUCUUGUUCCAAAGGACAAACCAGAGGCGGUUAAAACAAGUAAAUCAUCAACUGCAUCAUCUACAACAAAAGAUUCAGAGGUGAGCUCUAUCAUCAAGUACAUGUAAGCUCCCAUCUUAAAAAAAUUAUUGACCAGGCUUGGUUGGCUCACAUAGUAGGCCACUGCCAUGUGGUAGGGCGAGGGUUCAAGUCCCAGAGCAGACCAACCCUCAGGGUCUUAAAAUAACUAAUGAGAAUGUGAUGUCUUUGCUAUGACAUUGGCAAAUGGUUAGACAUUCUAGUCUCUGAUGGGGAUGAUAACCCUUACGCCCUGUCUCCUGUAUCCUUUCUUUACUGGUUAGCAGGGGACAUUAAAGAACCCAUGCACCUCUUGCAAAGAGAAGGGAACAUAGCUCCUGGUGUUGUGAUCUGACCUUGUUACUGUUCAUACAGGCCACUUAUUAAACCAGCUUUGAACUGAACUUGACCAGCCUCACUAAAUAUUGCAAAUACUCUCUUAUGCAUGUAAAAUAUGAAAUUAACCCUUCAAUUCCAAGAAGUGAUUAAUGUGUAACCUCUCCCAAUAAUAUCCAUACAUUAUCCAGCAAACAGGUGAUGAGAAUAUUCAAACUUAUCAGGUGGAAGUUGUCACCAUGAUCUAACACCAAAUUAUGAGGAUAAGUGUUACUUUCAGAGGGGAGAAUUAUUCAACAGUUCUUGAGAGUUAAAGUAUUAAGUAUGAAAACCUGCAACUCUGACUUUGUGGAUUAUCAUUCAUGUUGCAAGGAAAGAAUGUCAUGCCAUCUUGUCAAUGCACAAACAUCCCAAGAUCACAUUUUCUAAAAACUGUGACAAUGGGUCGGCUGACAUACACUCUGUACACUCACAAAACAAAUCAGCUUGCACUGUAAUUUGAAUCUGUGAACAAGAUGAACAAUAUGUUUGAAAGUUUUACUAAGUUCCUUCAAGAUUGUAAAAUGCACCAUCCUAAUUUUGUGACUGAUCCAUCACUUGUCUCUGAUUUUCAAUGUAUUACCAUUUCUGAUGUUAACAAUGGUUAUUUUGUUCCUUAAGAAUCCAGAAAGUUCUAAAAAGUCAUCUUCAAAAAGUUCAUCGGUAAGCUUCAAAGUCUUUCAUAAAGUUUUGUCUUCAAGUUGAUAUCUUCAAAAUGCCUUAAAAGGGAUUUUAAAGCACUUUCACGUAUUGCAUUUGCAAUUUCCUACACAGCUUUGGGUGCUAACAUAAUAUCUUGCCUUUACUUCAUAACCAAGAAAACUUCUGUUACAAAAGCUAUGGUUUCAGCCAAUGAGAAUGAGCUAUUGAAUAAUAAUUAUUUUGUUUAAUUAUCUGUCAUUUAUUAGUCUUAUCCUUAAGCGGUUUUUCUUUUCAAGACAUUUUAGCUGUGAUCCAAUAAAUUUUCAAAAUUGAUCAUUUUGUUGUGAAGCAAUUAUGAGAUGUAAUAGCCUUUUUAUAAUGAUAGCAAUAAUAAUGAUAAUGUUAAUGAUUAUACUAAUCAUUAUUACUAAUAUCCUAAUGGUGAUUGUUAUCCCUGUGAUAAUAGUUUUAGGUUGUUGAUUAUAUUUAUCAAAAAUAUUCUUGUACAAUUUUUCUUUUAUUGAUGUUGUUGUUAUUUUGCUAAUGAUUUGUAGAAAAAGCCCAAAAAAACAGGAACAACUAAGAAGAAAACUGAAGAAAAGGUGAAUAUAGAGUCUUUUUUUAAAAAUCGUUUAUAUGUAAUCCUUUUUUUUCACAUACUGAUCACAGAUGAUAAAUAGCAACAUUUUUUCCCCAGGAUCUUUGGAAUUGAUAUGAUAGUUCAGUCUGAUUGCAAGGGUGAGUGCAGUCUUGAGAAGGAUUGUUGUCAGCAGUAGUGACUGACGUUUCAACAUCCUGAGCAGGAGUUGGGACUUCACAGGACUACACUCACCUGGAUGAUCAGACGACACUAUCACAUGUUAACUACAGGUUCAAACCAUUUACUGUAUAAUUUGAAUAUGUUUGUAUUCUUGGUGAUUUCUUGGAUUCUGGAUGUCUAUGUCCUGUAGCUUUGUUCCAUUUAUUACUAAUAAUGAUAGUUAUGAUGGUGGUAAUUACCUCAGUUAUAAAGAUGUUAACCCUUAACUCCCAUGAGUGACCAAGACAGAAUUUCUCCUUACAAUAUCAACACAAUAUCAAGCAGACAAGUGAUGAGAAUAAAGAAAAUAUCAGUUAGGGGAUUAUAAGGUGAUUCAAUGCCAAAUUCUCCAAACUAACAUCACAAGAACUGUAUGGCAGGUAGUUAGGAGAAUUACUAAUGAGAUCUUGGGAGUUAAAGGGUUAAAAAAGAUAUGAUAUUGAUAUAAAAAGUUGUUAAUUUUUUGUUUGUUUCUAACAGGUUGUGAACCGUAUUUGUCAAACAAAACGUGAUGGGGUCUUUGUACUAGUCAUCGAGGCUAUACCAGUGAAUAAACUUAAAAAAGAUGAGGACUUUCAUCUGAGUUGUAAGUAACAAAAUCAUCUGCUUGAGUGAAAUAAUGGAUCAUUGUUAUUUAUUUAAGAAAAAGAUUCCAUGUUGUGGUGUGUUAUACUUUGCUAAUGACAGCUGAUUGUCUCUCGUACAGUGGAUGUUGAAAUGAAAGGAAAGAAUGGUUAUCUGUCUGCAUCUGAUUGGCCUCUGUAUCCUGUAAGUGGAAAGAGUGUGUUUUGCUAUUGCAUGGUUUAUUCAUGAUGUUGCUACAUGCAGUUAAUUAUUCCUUGCCGUUAAAAAUGCAACCUACUAGAAUGUCAAAAAUUGUUGUUUAUUCUGUGCUUGUCAAUGGGUGGCUUGCAACAGGGUUUUUUUUUGGCUACCCUGGAUGUUUCCUCUAAAAUCCAAGCAAGUAUUGUAUUUUGUGUCUAGGACCAGUAAGAGUUAAUAUUGAAGUUUAGCAGCAGGCACAAAAAGGAGAGGGAAUUCAGUUGUAAUCAGCUUGAGUUUGAAUGAACAAAGACCAUGAUUACAGCAAUUGUUAAAGUACAGAAAAUCCAAAGUAUUAAAAAAAUUUCAGAUUUGUCAAAUUCCAAAAACUUAGUGACCCUUUAAGAAAAUGGUGUUGAUGUACAAUUCUCAAUCUCUUAAAGAACUUGUGGAGUAUUUUUGCCAUUUUUUACUACCUGGGUAAUGGUAUAAGGCACAUGACAAAGAAUCCAAAACCAAAUUGUGUUCUACAGAGCACCAUUGUCAACAGCAAUAGAACUGGUGGUGAGUGCGUAGAGCGUGGUGAAACGGAAAAGGUGAACUGAUGGGAAAAAAAAUGAAAAGUGGCUUUAUUUAAUGAUCGAAGUUAUCUUUACUUACAUGUACACACUCACUCAAUAAAAGAGUGUUUAUCAGAAUCUGUUUUUCAUCCCUUUAGUUUUAUGGCACCAUGUCACUUCUCUAUGUGUUCUAUGGCCUUGUGUGGCUGAUCGUUUCUGCUUGCCAGUGGAGAGAUUUACUCAGAAUACAGGUAUAGGUAUUAAUCUCAUCUUACUUUCAGUGAUACAAUGGUUUCAUUUGGAGCUGGUUACUUAUAGGCAGCUGCUUUCGAAAAAAGUUUUUGAAUUCCCCCCCUCCCAUGGCGUUGUCAUUUUAUGGAUUUUUUUUUUCCACACGUGUAAAGUGAAGACGAGCUCUCUUGUCUUUAUGAAUAACAAGUAAUUUUCAAGUUUUGUACCAGAACAGUUCAAUCUUGUAAUUUUUAUCUUCAUCAACUCCUGCAAAUCUUCCAAAGAAAAACAGUUACAGUGUAUGAAGAAAAGUAAUGAUGAGUGAAUGGAAAAUAAGAUGACACUAAACCCUUAAACUCCCAAGAUCUGAUCGUUUAUUCUCCUAUCUAGCUGCUAUACAUUUCCUAGUAAACUAGUUACGAGAAUUUGGUUUUAGAUCAAGAUAACUUUUAUCGGACGUUAUACUUGAGCUUUACUGUAGGCGUGUUUUUCUUCUUCUAGAACUAUAAUUUUGACUUUUUCAUGGUUUUCUUUUCAGUUUUGGAUUGGAGGUGUUAUUGCUCUGGGUGAGUAAACUGUUUUGUUAGUAAACUGUCAGGACGCGUGUCAUAUGAACUUCGUGAUAGACCUCGCUCACCGUGGAGUCUCUGUGGCUCAGUGGUAGAGCAUCGGAGCGCGGAAUCUGAAGGUCUGAGAUUCGAUUCCUCUUGGGUACUCAGAAUUUUUUUCUUUGUUCCACGCUCGUGACAAGACGAUGAAAAAAACAUCUUUCUCUAAACUGUCUUGUGUAUCAUUGUAUUUUAUACAGACAGUGCAUUGAGUGGGAUUUGUACGCGCCACGCGCGGGUUAUGUUUUAGUACACGUGAGCGAUCACUGUUUACAUGAACAUAUGACCCAAGAAUUAUUCUGCAGCGUAGGCAUUUAAAAAAAAAAAAGAACCGUGAACUCUUGGGUUUAAUGCUAUUGCAUUGCAGUCUUCAUUUUUUCAUGAUUAUUCUUUUUGUAGGUAUGCUGGAAAAGGCAGUGUUCUUCUCAGAGUACAAUAACAUUAACAUUACCGGGGAGACAAGUAAGUGCUCUUACUUUUCACACAGUUGGUGUUAAAAAAUGUGAAACCUCUAAUUUGUAUUUGUGGAAAAUAUGCUCUUCUUUGUUAUUGCCCUCUCAUUAAGAUAUCCCUUGGAUACUUACUCUGCAAGUGAUUUGCAUCAAUAUGUCUAAUUUUCCUGAUUAUUUGUUGGUAACCUGUCUGCUUUUUAGACCCAGGAUUGACAGUUUUUGCUGAGCUUGUGUCAUGUGUCAAGAGAACGUUGGCUCGAAUCUUGGUCAUCAUUGUCAGUAUGGGAUUCGGUAUCGUCAAGUAAGUUCGUGUGUUUGUUCUUCUGGCCUUUCCAGUGUUUUGUUCUUAGACAAGACACUUAACUUUGGCUUUGUCCACCCAGGAGUAUAAAUGGGUACCAGCGAGAUGUUGAAGUAACUGAAGAAAACACUGAAGGGGGGAGUGGGCUGGGCUGGGCUGGGCUGGAUGGUAGGGUAGAGAAAUGUCUCUGAUCGCUUCAUUCUACUGAACCCCUGACGGGAUGGCUUUUGAUUCGUAAACUUAUGUUAUUUUACUACGUUAUUUAUUGAAGUACCUUUAAUUUCGAAUUAUAACAAAUUCUUUUCCCGUAUCAGACCCAGACUGGGAUCAACCCUCCAUCGAGUGUUAGGAGUUGGAGCUUUGUACUUCAUCCUGGCUACUAUCGAGGGAUGCUUUAGAGCUCUUCGUGUAAGUCUGUCAAUCACCGCUCAUUUGCUCUAAGAGACCUCAGAACUUCAUACAAAUGAGCGUCUAAUUUGAAACGGUUUUGUUAGAUUUCGGGUGGUUCCUUUACAGAUUUUUGAAGACAGUGUGUGCUUUCAGACAGUUCUGUACAGUUCGUCUUGUUUUCGGACACUUUUCGGGUGGUUCCUUUACAGAUUUUUUAAGACAAUGUGUGCUUUCGGACAUUUCCUUGCAGUUCGUCUCGUUUUCGGACACUUUUGUCAGAUUUCGGCCACUACCGUCCAAUUUCGGACGCUAUUGUCCAAUCUCGAAUCUCGUCCGAUUUCGGAGGUUUUCGUCGCAUGGAGUUAGGUCGCCAAGUGGUGUCUGAAAAAAGUUUUUCUUGGAUUCCGGACUAUGACGUUUCCAAUUUAGAAUGAUAAUGGUCCAACUUUUUCUUGGGCAGUCUUGACACCAAUUGGUUUUUUCUAUAUUUCUUUUGUCUUUUAUUAAUUAUAAUGAUAGGAAACGAAAUAAAGAGAAGAAUAGUAAUUCGAUAAAGUUUCGGCUCAAUGAAAAUUGCUUUUGUAUUUACGGGCACUUGGAUAUUUUUUUUUGCAGCCAAAAUCUGAUCCUGGUCGUCAGCAGUUGAUUGCCAGUAUCCCGCUGGCUGUUCUGGAUGCCUCCAUCUGCUGGUGGAUAUUUAUGUCCUUGGUUCAGACCACAAGGACUCUUCGUAUCAGACGCAACCUGGUGAAACUCUCCCUGUACCGCCACUUCACAAACACUCUUAUCUUUGCAGUUUUAGGUGAGCUCAUUUCUUUAGUUUUUGCGGGCGAAUUCUUGAGGAAUUCAAUUCCUCAGGACAUUCCUCUUGUCCCCCUGCUCCUCUACUCUCUCCCCGUCCAUGACCUGUACAUCCUUCACUCAUUUCUUCCCCUUCCGGUCCCCGUCACAUCUUUGUUGCUCUCCUAUUUCCCUCCCUUUUCCUCUUCCUCUCUUCCACCUUCCCUGCCUCCUUGCCCUCUUGCCAUCUUUUCUGCCUACCGCCUGCUCCUCUACCCUGCGUCUUCCUCCUUCUUCUUCCCUUCACACUUUCUGUACCCCUACCCUCUAACCCUUACAGCCUCCUUCCUUCACUCUUUCUGUACCCCUACCCUCUAACCCUUACAGCCUCCUUCCUUCACACUUUCUGUACCCCUACCCUCUAACCCUUACAGCCUCCUCCCUUCACACUUUCUGUACCCCUACCCUCUAACCCUUACAGCCUCCUCCCUUCACACUUUCUGUACCCCUACCCUCUAACCCUUACAGCCUCCUUCCUUCACACUUUCUGUACCCCUACCCUCUAACCCUUACAGCCUCCUUCCUUCACACUUUCUGUACCCCUACCCUCUAACCCUUACAGCCUCCUCCCUUCACACUUUCUGUACCCCCACCCUCUAACCCUUACAGCCUCCUUCCUUCACACUUUCUGUACCCCUACCCUCUAACCCUUACAGCCUCCUUCCUUCACACUUUCUGUACCCCUACCCUCUAACCCUUACAGCCUCCUCCCUUCACACUUUCUGUACCCCUACCCUCUAACCCUUACAGCCUCCUUCCUUCACUCUCUGUCUUUCCCUCAUUAUGUCCCUCUUUCAAAUAACAUCUUCCCCCUCAGUUCAACUGCCUCGUUCCUUGUCGCAUACACAAUUUAUGACAAUGAUACUAUAUUUCGUUUGUUGUUCUUCAUAUUCUAGCAUCUGUGGCCUACAUGAUUUGGUCCAUCAAGACUCACAGAUUUUCCAAGGGUGGUUGUAUCACGGUAAGGAGUUGAAAUCGUGAUGUCACAACACUGACCUUCUGCUAAGUUCUUGUAGGGCCAACGAAGGGCCAACGCUGUCACAACACUGACCCUCUGCUAAGUUCUUGUAGGGCCAACGAAGGGCCAACGCUGUCACAAUACUGACCCUCUGCUAAGUUCUUGUAGGGCCAACGAAGGGCCAACGCUGUCACAACAUUGACCUUCUGCUAAGUUCUUGUAGGGCCAACGAAGGGACAACGCUGUCACAACACUGACCUUCUGCUAAGUUCUUGUAGGGCUAACGAAGGGCCAACGCUCGAAAUGUCAGCUUUAGGAAUUCUUUACGGAGGCCAAUUUACGUUAUUCUCUUGUAGGAUUGGUCCGAGUUGUGGCUUGAUGAAGCUUUUUGGCAUUUCCUGUUCUCAAUCGUGCUGCUUGUCAUUAUGGUUUUGUGGAGACCCACAGCAAACAAUCAAAGGUAAACAGGUUUCGUUCAUCUGCUAAUCAAGCAAUAUUCAAUCGGGCGUUGAGAGUGACAUGAGUCUGUUUGGUUCUGCUUAACUUCGUUUUCUUAUUGCUCAAAAAAUUGACGUCACCCUUGCAACCAAUCAGAUGUAAAAUUUCAUCAAUUGGGGAAUUGACUACUCGCGUUUUCGCGCGCUCGAGGCGGUGCACUUGUUUUCAAGGCGAGUUCUUAUUGGCUCCUUAUAACCGUUCUACGUGAUUCGUCCAGAAAACUCGCGCCACUUUUUCAACCAACCAGAUGCAAACUUAAAAAUAAAAUGUGACUUCGUCACUCGCGCGUUCCCGCGCUUCAAGCUGUAUGCUUGUUUCCUCUUUAAGUUCUCAUUGGCUCCCUGUACAUUUUCCUUUCUUUUGGUUGACCGUCGUGAUUACUACGCCUCUGCAUAUACUGGGCCCUCAAUCAAAAAGUGCUUGGUUUCCUUUUGAGAGAUUCCAAACGUCACUAACGAAAAUUUGAAAGACGUCCGAAGAAUUCCGAGAAUGUUCCGAAGGUUUCGAUCGUCGCAUAUUCUCACCUGUUGCAAUCUUUUCUUUGACAGGUACGCCUUCACCCCAAUUGUUGACUUUGGUGACGAAGAAGAUGAAGACGAGAACAUGACCCUGUCAGAUGCUUUCGGUGAGAGUCGGAAAACACUUCUUUACGGCUGUAACCCUUUACACACUAACAUCUGUAUGCAUAUUCUUUACACUGUUCUCCAUUCAUCUCCUAAGGUGCUGGAAAGGAGACUCUCUUUAACAAUCAACAGCUUCUUUUAGUUUGUGAUCAUUUCUUGUAUUCUCAUGACCUUAAUGGUUGAUUAAGGGGUGAUAUUGUAAAGAGAGAUAAGAAAUUAGUCACUCUUAGGGGUCAUCGGGAUAAUUUUGCUCUGCUGCGCACCAUGGGGUAGAAGAAGCUUCAUUUGCAACCAAAACUACGCGGAAAUUGUUCAGCUAGUUAUUUUACUAGAUAUGAAGUAUCAUCGUUUGUCUCACAAUUUUCGGACUGCAUACUGCGAUCAUGCGAGUCCUCUUCAGGCGACGAGGUCAACUAGUAUCUUGUCACCUUAUGGAUGAUAAAGCAUUUUGGUUUUUUUUUUUUAGGUCCACUGUGUAGCUUGCUAGGUUAGUGUGGCAUUUUUCAGCAGCAGCAGGGGUCAUCGGGAUAAUUUUGCUCUGCUGCGCACCAUGGGGUAGAAGAAGCUUCAUUUGCAACCAAAACUACGCGGAAAUUGUUCAGCUAGUUAUUUUACUAGAUAUGAAGUAUCAUCGUUUGUCUCACAAUUUUCGGACUGCAUACUGCGAUCAUGCGAGUCCUCUUCAGGCGACGAGGUCAACUAGUAUCUUGUCACCUUAUGGAUGAUAAAGCAUUUUGGUUUUUUUUUUUUAGGUCCACUGUGUAGCUUGCUAGGUUAGUGUGGCAUUUUUCAGCAGCCAAGAGUCCUUCCUCUAAAUUCCGGUUUUAUUUUUCAUUUUUCGCAGAUGGCAUGAAGAUGAGGAAUGUCAAGAACACACCAGAAGUUAUCAUCAAUGGCGACAUGAAAAGAAAACACAAACCAGUAAGUUCAUGAAAACGUUGUAUAGUUUCUGAAUCAAAAUUGAUUCAGUGACAAUGACUGUCUGAACAGCGCGUAACCAGUUGUUUCUUUGCGUUCAGGAGGAUGAUCUGAAAUGGGUUGAAGAAAACAUCCCCAGCUCGGCAGCCGAUGCGUAAGUUAUCAUAGACUAUUUUGCAAAUAUUCGCCGAAAAUAAGAUGAAUAUUUACAGGAUUGUGUUUUUGGUACUUGACCCUGGUGUUACCAAGGAGACUGGGGAAGGAGCGGUGGGCUGGUAACUAGCGGGGCAGACUCUGGAUCGAAAGGCGUGGAUUCGAGUCUCGGCCAGGUCAUUCUGUUGUGUUCUUUGGAAAAACACUUAACUCCCAAAGUGUGACACACAUUUUUCUUUUCCCCCCCCCCCCCCUUAGGAGUAUAAAUGGGCGCAGGCAAACUGUCAGGGAAAUGUUUAAGGGCACAGGUCAGAGGGGGGGGGGACUUGCCGGCAAUGGACUGGGAUCUCAUCCAGGAUAUGAUACUCCUUGUCGCUCAAUGCUACGGAGACUGGGAUAAGCACGGGCUUUUUCAUAGUAUUGUAUCUUCUUUAUUUUAUUAAAACCUUCAAGCUUUAUAUGGUUUGUGGAACUUUUCGUGUUUUAGAGUCUUACCAAGUGUGUUGGACUCAGAUGAGGUGAGUCAAAUUUCCAUUGUGUUGUUCUGCUAACAGAAUCGCAAACUGCUUCAAAUUUUACAAGAGAGAAUACUUUUCCCCUUCCUGUCACGAGCGUGAGACACAAACAAAUUCUAAGUCCUAAUGAGGGAUCGAACCUCAGACCUUCGAAUUCCGCGCUCCAACGCUUAACCAUUGAAUCAUAAAGACUCUACAGUGAACUAAGCGAUUGCAAGGUUCCCACACGUCCUGCAUACUGCUAAAAUCAGCAAUGUUAAAGCCUCCAAAAAUGGUAUAUUUUAAGCCCGGCAGUGAAACAAAAAAAUGGUUGUUUCCGUCUUGUCAGGAGCAUGGGACAAAUAAUAUAAUUCUCAUUCCCCAAAAAGCAUUUAAAGAAUCUUUGUAGCCAUCGAAGUAAAAACAUUUUAUUUUAUCUUGUUAGGAACUAAUGACAACCAAGUUUGAGAUGUCCAAAAUGGAAUAAAAUUUUUACUUUCCACCGAAUCACUAACGCG